UUUAUUGCGGGUNUCAUCUUGUUCCAAUUUUAUCCGAUUAUUUUCGACGUUAUUCUGCCACUGGACNAACCUCGUCAACGCGAUGUUUUUCUAAGAGUGGAAUGUUUCGUUUCUAGAGACAAGUACUUUUAUACCAUAGUUAUGCACGAGAUAGUGUUCAUGACGGUGGGCGCGGCGGUGAUGUUUUCCACAAUAAUACAAUUACUAAUAUUCGUGUCUCAUUCCUUUGGCAUGUUCAAAAUCACCAAAUAUCGUAUACGGUACUUCACAAAUGACAGUGCGUUGCAGCGUAUACCAAGUUCUGAAAAAGAACGCGCANUUUGCAAGAAAAUAAUGUAUGCGGUUUUUGCACACCGUCGAGCUCUGGAGUUUUCUACCCGUUUUCUGUCAUCAUUUAAUCUUUAUUUCUGCGUUUUGGCUAGUAUUGGAGUGCUAUCGUUGAGCAUUACUUUGUAUGGCAUCGUUGAAGCGGUAACGAUAACACACAUUUUUGAAAAUGCGUUAAUGUAUGCUCUCGUCGCAGCAGGACUUCUGAUUUAUAUGUUUGUGGCGUUGCUUAUCACACACAAGAUCGCCGAUUAUAAUGACGAAUUGUUAAAUGUAACAUACGAAACGUCGUGGUACUUGAUGCCCGUAACAUCGCAGAAACUUAUUUUGUUUCUAAUGCAAAAAGCUAGCAAAAAGUGUGUUUUCAGAUUGGGUCUUAUAUUGGAAGGAAAAUUGGAUACUUUCGCUGCGAUCCUGAAGGCCUCGCUAUCCUAUGUCACCGUGAUGUGCAGUUGCACUUAAGACACUAGUAUCAUUAUGAAG